AUGGUGAAAGGAUAUCACAAGGAUAUCAAAGAUACGAAGAAAGCGAAUGAAGUGAGAGAUAAAGCCCAUGAAGUAUUGGUGGUGCUAGUGGGUCAAUUAGCGGAGGAAAUAGCCCAAAUUAAGCGCGAGAGGGAUGUUUUGGCUAAUGGUACCAUGGUUGAUGGUGAUAUGGUGGAAGAGGUUAUAGAACUUACAGAGCAAGAAACUGAAUGUUGGAACCGAGCGGAAGAUAUAACACCGCAAGACGAGUCAGAGCCAAAAGAAGCCCAAGUUCAUAUCCAUCCUGCUUCCAUACUUAUCACUCCAACCAACAAAGUUGGGGAUGCGGGUUCGGGUAUAAGGAUUCAAAGGGUGGCGUUGCAAGACAUUGGCCAAGUUGUUAAGAAACGACCCCAAAGUUCAUGCCGCGUAAAAGAAAAAGAGAGUGGAUUCGGCAUGCCAACUACCGAGCGUAUGUUGGAAACUCGAUGGGCAAAUGUUCACUUCGACCGCCAUGAGAGGCAAAUCAGAUGUGCGGUUGUUACAGGGGCGAACAAAGGGAUUGGAUUCGAAAUAUGUCGUCAACUUGCAUUAAACAAGAUUCAAGUCAUAUUAACAGCUAGAAAUGAGAGUAGAGGCAUUGAAGCUGUUAAAAAACUCAAUGCUUCUGGAGUUCAGAAUGUUAUUUUUCAUCAGCUUGACGUCAAAGAUCCAACUAGCAUAUCACACUUGGUCAAGUUUAUUGAAACCCACUUCAAAAAAAUUGAUAUCUUGGUCAACAAUGCAGCAGUACUUGGAAUUCAUUAUGUUGUUGAAACACUCUUAUACAGUGGAGGACAAGUGCAGAUUGUCGAUAAGAACGGCGACUACUUACCUGGCGUCAUCCAGGAGACUUAUGAAAUGGGAGAAGAGUGUUUGGAAACAAAUUAUUAUGGAACAAAGAAAGUUACAGAGGCACUUGUUCCUCUUCUCCAACUCUCCAAAUCUCCAAAGAUUGUGAAUGUUACCUCUAGUUAUGGACAAUUAUCUCAUAUUCCAAAUGACGAGUUAAAAAGAGAGUUGGAUGAUAUUGACAACUUAACCAAGGAAAGGAUCAACGAGAUUAUACGAAGUUUUUUAAGGGACUUUAAGGCUGCUAAGUUGCGAGAGAAUGGAUGGCCUCUAACGCCGUCUGCUUACAAAGUUUCAAAAGCUGCUAUCAACGCUUACACAAGACUAAUGGCAAAAGAGUUGAAAUACAUUCUUGUGAAUUGUGUCGAUCCUGGGCAUGUUAAAACAGAUAUGUCAUUCAAUACAGGAAAGGAUGUUAUGGAAGGUGCUAAGGGUCCGGUGAUGGCUGCUUUGUUGCCUGAUGAGGGGCCAUCCGGUGUGUACUUUGAGCAAACAGUGAUAGCUCCAUUUUAAUGAUCCAAAGUAACAUGCAUUUUGUUUUAUUUUGCAUUAUUAUUGUAUGAAUGCAAGUCAGGAUUCACUCUUUGAUUUUUUAUGUGAAAUAAGAAAAUAAAUAUAUAGAUAAGGAUAUUUGAUUGAA